AUGAAGUUGCGCUUCUCUUGCGACGCUUGUGGAACCGCCAAGGUCAAAUGCGAUCGUGCUCAGCCCGUGUGCAGUCGCUGCACUGCGCUCGGCUUGGACUGCGUGUAUGGACCAUCCCGCAAGUUUGGCAAGCCACCGCGGAAGAGACCAGGCGCCACCCUUGACACCGCAACCGAGAAGCGCAUAUGCACUUCAAGGAUAUCACAGAGUCGCCCGCAUCACACAGCCACGGGCUUGGAUGAACUCCCAAGCAUCAAUGAAGCCGCCCAAACUAGUUUCUCGUACUUGGGUGCCGAUGUCCUCCCACUGUCAUCCGGCAUCGACGCCACAUUGAGCACCGCCAAUGAGCAUGACCCGCCUGCCUCUUGCUUCUUCCCCCUCGUGCCCCUCGAGCAGUGGCUUCAACUCGACGGCUUGGAUGGUGGUUUUGGUAUUCCGUCUGCUUCCGCAGAAAAUUCCGUCGGCACUGCAGAGAGGAGCUCUGGCAACCGCGAGUCUCACAGCUGCCCUCGGGAGUCGUACGAGAUCUUCCGCGACUUGAUCUGCCCCAGCGAUUCCCUUCACGCACCGGAUUCGAAUUCUGUUACCGUCUCGGCACGACUGGACCUGGUGCUUCACAUGAACAGAAGCGCCAUUGACCGUCUCUGCCAGAUCCUCAAAUGCCCCUGUGCCAAGUCUGGCCAUCGGGCCAUGGUUCACGCCUCCAUUGUUUCCCGCAUCCUGAUCUGGUAUCAGCAGGCGGCGGGGUGGACCGGCAGCAGCUCCGGCGGUCCUCGGGCGGCCACAUUGGCAGACUCCUCAGCAACCGCAUCCCGGGCCGCUGACCCCGGCACAACAAGUCCGCCGGCCUCGCUUGUCCAAGCCACCGGGUUUGCCGUCGAGCAUGUACCUAUUUUUAUGGGCACCUUCAGUAUCGAAGACCAGAAUGUACAGGCCGCCCUGAGGAAUCAGUUGGUCUUGAGCGAGCUCAAAAAGGCAGCCGCUGUGAUUGACAUGUUCGUCUUGCCGGAAUCGGCAGAUUCCUCUGCCAGUGGCGUGGCUAGUCUUUACUCGUAUCUGGGAGCAUGGCUCCGAAGUGAACAUGCUAGAACAGUUAAAAUACUAAGGUCCAGACUCAAUGAACUAAACGAGAAUCUGGCGUGUUGA